UCGUCAUUGCUUAACGAUUAUUCUAAAUAAAAUAUUAAAAGUUUUAAAAGUCAGAUUUUCUUAUUAGAUUAUUUUUAAUGAAUUCCAAAAAAUUCGAUGUAAUAAUAUACGGGGCCAGCGGUUUUGUAGGAAAAUGUGCAGUCUUACAGGCAUUGGAGGUCUUGAAAGACUAUAACUGGGCCAUAGCCGGUAGAUCAGAGGAUAAAUUACAAAUGGUAUUAAAAGAAGUUUCCCGAAAAACUGGAAAGAAUCUAACAAAUAUACCAAUCUUAUUAGCAAAUGCCCAUGAUUUAGAGAAACUGGAAAUUUUAGCAGCGAAAUGCAAGAUUCUAGUAAAUUGUUGUGGACCUUAUCAAUUGUUAGGGGAAAAUAUUUUGAGCACUUGCAUCAUGCAGCGUACCCAUUAUGUGGAUAUGUGUAAUGAUCCUUAUUUUAAUGAACUAAUGGUACUUAAAUAUCAUGAAAAAGCUUUAGAACAUGAGGUAUUUGUCAUUUCAGCCUGUGGUUUUCAUAGUUUGCCCUUAGAAUUGGCUUUAAAUUAUGUGCGGCAACAUUUUAAGGGUACUGUAAAUAGUGUCGAUGCUUUUAUGCGUUAUAAUUUUGGUUAUUAUUUUUAUUUUCCUCUCUAUCCGCUAUGGACUUCUAACGCUUGGUUAAGUUUAUUAUGGUCUUGUGUAAAAUUUCCAGAUUUAUCAUUGUUAAGAGAUGAAUUAUGGCAGGAUUUUAUGCCUCAUUUAUGGCCAAGGCAUCGCAUAGAAGAGCUUUCGCAACGCUCUAACUAUCAUGAAGAGGGAGUUAUGGUAAAUUUUCCAUUUAUAGAUCAGCAAUGUAUAGAAAGAUCACAAUAUUUAUGGUUUGCAAGGAAUAAGAGAAGACCUAUUCAGUUUUGUAAAUAUAUAGAAUUUCCUUCCUACUUCUGGGCGGUACUUUUUAUCAUUUGGUGUCUCAUUAUAUCCCUUCUGACGCAAUUCAAUAGAAUACGUACUAUAAUGCAAAAUUAUCCCAAAAUAUUUUCCAUUGGCAUGUUUUCGCACAAAGGCCCAAACUAUUAUCUCUUGGAAAUGUCUUCGUAUAAAAUGAAAUUGCAAGCCAAAGGUUGGUCAACUUCGACUUCGUAUCCAAAAUUACAUAUAAGUGAUAAUACUAUAGUUGAUCGUCAACUAAAUAUUGAAAUAAGUGGUGAGAAUCCUUUUUAUGGCUGCGGUUGUGUUUGCCUGCUAUUGAGCGCUUUAACUAUACUGGAGGAAGGAAAUAAAAUGCCGGAAAGAGGAGGAGUAUUACCACCUGGUUAUGCCUUUUACAAUACCAAUAUUUUACAUAAAUUUAAAAAUUUUUCAAAUUAUUUGCGCAUCAAAGUUUUAUAAAUGUUUAAAAAGAAAAUCACGACCAUUGAAAACCCUAUAUUUAAUAAAGAGUUACCGUCUUAUGCAAAAAAGAUUAUUAAGUUAACAAUGGUUGUUAAAACCUGUUUUUAUAUGGAAAAAGUGUGCAGUAAACCAUUGUUAACUU